AUGACGAACUUGACUGCUCUACCUGCGGGAUCAUUGGUCCUUGUCACCGGAGCGAAUGGAUAUAUCGGCUCUCAUGUAGUCAACACCCUACUUCAACUUGGGUACCGAGUCCGAGGAACUAUUCGUUCCCCCAAACCGUGGCUUGACAACUUGUUCGAGACUAAAUAUGGCCCGGGCGUUUUCGAGUCCUACGUACUGCCUAGCUUCGAUGACAGUGCGCUGCUGGAUCAAUGUUUGGACGGCACAUCUGGGAUAGUGCACGUGGCUUCGGACGUCUCGUUCAAUGAUGACCCGAAUUCCGUUAUUCCUUGGGUUGUGCGAGCUGUCGAAAAUGUCCUGGAGGCUGCAUCCAGACACUCCUCUAUCAAGAGAUUUGUCUUGACCUCCUCGUCUUCAGCUGUGCUUAUUCCUGUUCCAAACAAGGAAGGAGUUCAAGUCGAUGAAGGUACCUGGAAUGAAGCUGCCGUGAAGGCUGCAUUUGAUCCAAGUGUAAAGUCUAGCAAUAAACCCUACGUCGUGUACGCAGCUUCCAAGACACUUGGUGAACAGGCGGCUUGGAAGUGGAUCGAACAACACAACCCUCGGUUUGUUUUCAAUGCGAUCCUACCCAACUUUAACGCCCAGUUACAAGCGCUGACAUCAGAGUGCAUUCAGACGGGUGAAAUUCUUCACGAGAACAUUGGCGGAUCGACCAUGGGACUGAUCCGCAAAGUUCUGAAGGGCGACAAUGGACUGUUCGCAUUCCUGACACCUCAAUACUAUGUGGACGUUGUCGACACCGCCCGCCUUCAUGCUAUUGCGUUGCUUGCGCCCAGCGUUAAGUCGCAGCGUAUAUUUGCGUUUGCAGCUCCGUUCAACGUGACUGAUGUCAUUUCGAUUCUUCGAGGACUUCGGCCUGACCAUAAGUUCGAUGAUCCACCGGCGAACGAAGGCCAAGACCUGACUGAAGUGGUACCGGCGCCCAAAGCCGAAAAGCUUCUGCAGGAAUACUUUGGUCAGAAGGAAUGGACUCCUCUCAAAGAAAGUAUUGCCGCGGGAAUUCGUGAUCUCUAG